AUGGCCAGCGGCGUCGCGACAGUCAAGGAGGUUAUCUCCGGGGACACUCUGGUCCUCGUGGGUAUUCCUCCAAAGCCUAGAAAGGCAAUUCUUAACGGGGGGCCCCCCCCGGAGAAGCGCGUGAGCCUGUGCUCCGUGGUGGCCCCGCGCGUGGCCGUGAAGACUCUGACGCACGAGAGCAGCGACGAGCCGUUCGGGUUUGCUGCGCGGGAGUUUCUGCGGCAGCAGCUGAUAGGGCAGCAGGUGCAGUUCAAAGUGGAGUUUGCUGCAGCAGGAAAAGAAUAUGCAUGCGUCUUGCUGCAGGGCCAAAACGUUGCAUGCGAACUCCUCAGGAGGGGCCUCGCCAGGCUCCGCGACAACAAAAACCCCCCUGUCGCCCACGACAUCCACGGUAGCCCUGCUGCUGCUGCUGCUGCUGCUGCUGCGGGUGCUGCUGCGGCGUGUGUUUGCUGCUGCUCGUGA